AUGCUACCUAAUAUUUUAGUCGAUCCUGCUCUACCUAGUCCAAAAUUAGAACUCCUCGGACAAAUAACUUGAUUGACUUGGCCCCACUGAUAGACUCUGUUUUUCUUUAAAUGUGGAUCGUUACAAGUUAUUCUAUUCAUGUUGGGAGGACUAUCCGUUGGCGCCUUCUUGAACCACUGUGGAUGGAACUCUACGCUCGAGAGCUUAAGCCUUGGAGUUCCCAUAGCCGGAUGGCCUAUGUUUGCGGACCACUUUUUUAAUAUGAGAAUUCUGGCGGAAAUGGGUGUGGGGAUUCAGUUGUGUGAACAUCUCGGUGGGGUUCCAGACGAAGUAAAGGUGACGGAGGUUUUAAGGCAGGUGUUUAGUGAUGACAAAGGUAAACAGAUGCGAACAGCUGCGCAGAAGGUCAAGGAGAUGGCCCGAAAAGCUGUUGGAGAUGGAGGAUCUUCGAAAGUAAAUGUCCAGGGUUUCGCAAGUGAAAUGCGCAAGCUGCUGAAGACGAGACAAGAACAAUCAAGUUUGCCCUAAGUUGUGUACACAGACUGGUUCUGUGAGCUCAGUUUAAGAUUUUGUUUUCUGAUUUGGUAGUAAGAGAGAGUGAGGUACUAUAAUGUGGUGUUUAUCUAUUGUGGUUGUUUAUUUUGUAUUUGUUUUGGGGUUUAGAUUAAGUAUGUUUACGAGAGAAGGGUGAAUGGGUUCGGUUUGUGUCGCAUCUUUUGAUUGUACUUUGAAGCUAAGAUAGAAAUAAAGAGUUAUGUUU